AUGGCCGCUGCGGAGCCCUUCAAACCGGCUUCGCGGUGGGAAUUCACCCCGGUUUACGAAAUACUGAAGCGACCUAUCGAAGUUGACAUACCUGAGCCGCUUCAUAACCCCGCGGUUCCUUCGCGUCCCUCCCACACCGAGUCUCCAGUCUCUCUUCUGCCUCACCAGAAAGAGCAAGAUGAGGCUUCUAGCUCGAACCUUCAACCAGAAGCGAAGCAAAACUACCGCAAGCUUGGUGAUUUCGGCGCUCUUUGGGAUUUGAUCGCGCUCAACAAUACUCAUCUUGCAGACACUACAGCUCAGAAUUCUCCUGGCUCCUGUUCCGCCAAAUUGAACGAUUCAUUGCCAUGUUCACGACCAGCUCUGUUGCAGAAGCAAAACCCUCCAGUUGACGGUUCGCCUGGGUGUUUUAUCAACUCCUCGUCUUCAUUAGACUGUCCGGUCUCCCCUUCUAGGCCUAUCCCUACGCAAAAGCCUCACAUGCGUUCUACACAUCCGCCCUCACCUGUCACAAUCCUCAAACGAGACUCAUCCAACACAACUGGUCUCAAUUGUACAGCUCAAGCCACAGCUCAAAAACCUUCAACACCAGUGACCAAAGCUGAAUUAUCCCUUGCCACUCCAAAGUCCAAGACCAAGUCCAGGCGUAAGGCGAGGGCCAAGCCCAAUGGAACCGCGGAGAGCAGUGCCGACGCAGAAUCGGAUUCAAGCAAUAUCGUUCCUGGUCGACGAACUACAAAUCCUGGGGGAUUGCCAUUUAUCCCUUCACAGGUUUUGGCGAAGGACAACCGCCAGGACUACGAAUCUACUUUACCCUCGUCGUAUGAUGACCAGGAUACAUUGGUGAACUCCGGUGCCGUGAAACCUGAAGGCAUCAUCUCUACUCCUCGUCACACCCAAAUUAUCCCGCUGGUAUACAAGAAUACCCACGAACGUCGGGUAUUCCUGAUGACCAAGCUCCUCAUUGAUUUUCCCGAGUACGCCCAACUUGUAUCGCAAGUGGGACGACUUCCCUCCUUCGGAGAUUCACAAUUGUCACGUCCCAUCCACGUCUUUGUUGAUAUGUCCAAUAUCCUGGUCGGAUUCCACAAUGCAGCGAAAGCCUCUCGAGGCCUCGAUACGACGGUCCGAGUGCGCCGCCUCCACAUGUCUUUUGCCAAUCUCUCGUUGAUCAUGGAACGGGGUCGACAGGCGACCAAAAGAGUCUUGGUAGGCUCUGACAGAGUACCUUCUGUCGACGAAGCUGAACAUCUCGGCUAUGAAGUGAAUAUCCUGGAUCGUGUUAGCAAGAUGAAAACCACGCCACGGUCGCCACACCCACGCAACCUUGAUGUGCAGAACUCUCAUCUCUGUUGGUCUGAAACGGCCGGUCAGAGAGAGCGCUGGGUCGAACAAGGCGUGGACGAAAUUCUGCACCUAAAGAUUCUGGAAACCUUGCUGGACACCGAAAAACCAGCAACCAUCGUCCUGGCUAGUGGUGAUGCAGCGAAGGCUGAGUAUUCGGGUGGAUUUCUAACCAUGGUCGAGAGGGCCCUGCAGCGCGGCUGGAAUGUCGAGCUGGUAAGCUUUUCUCAACUCACGAGCUUUGCCUACAAGAAGAAAGAGUUCCGUGCGAAAAUGGGGCACCCACUUUCGCAUGAUUGA